AUGAAUAAAAUUAUUAUUUUUAUUUUACUUAUUAUUACUCUUUCUUUUGUGUUGGGUGAAAUUAAUGAAGCCAAUGGCGGGGUUUGCAAAAUUGAUAUCCAAGAUUGUUCUGCUGUUUACAAUGCAUUCAUGAAUGCAAAAAGAGAUUGGAAAGAAAUGCCAGAAAGUUUUAAUUCGAUGUUUGUUUCACUAUUUGCAAAUUACUGUUGA